ACUCUACUGUCCAAAGGCCAAGGCAGCACAGAAGGUUAUUGAAACUGUAUAACAGAGUACAGUGUCCCUCCUUCUCAAAGUCAGUUUGUGUGUUUGGAUGGAGCUGAAGCAGCCAAGAUGUCUGUUAGGAUUCUUGUAACAUUGCUGGUUGUGUCCUGCGCUGUCUUUGCCCAGUCUGACAUAGAGAACCAGGCGAGGGAGUUUCUGCAGAGGUUCGACAAGGAGGCCACUGAGCGUAUGUACCAGUACUCUCUGGCAUCAUGGGCCUACAACACCAACAUCACAAAGGAGAACUCUGACAAACUGUCAGAACAGGGGCAAAUUUGGGGCAAUUUCUACACCAAGAUGUCAGAAGAGUCCCAGAAAUACCCCAUUGGGCAGAUCAAGGAUCAAGAAAUCAAAUUACAGCUCAUCUCCCUUCAAGACAAAGGCUCUGGUGUUCUAUCCCAGGAUAAGGCUGCACAUCUAAGUAAGGUCAUGAGCGAGAUGAGCACAAUCUACAGCACAGCCACAGUGUGUCUGAUGGACGACCCCUUUAACUGCCAGACUUUGGAGCCAGGCCUGGAGCAUGUAAUGUCCAACAGCCGAAACUACUCUGAGCGUCUGCAUGUGUGGGAGGGCUGGAGGAAAGAGGUGGGGAAGAGGAUGAGGCCUCUGUACGAAGAUUAUGUGGAUCUGAAGAAUGAAGCUGCCAUACUAAAUGGUUUUGAAGACUAUGGGGCUUAUUGGAGAUAUAACUAUGAGACCAUUGAUGAGGACGUUCAGUACAAAUAUACCAGAAAUCAGCUGAUGCAAGAUGUCCGUUCAAUAUACAAAGAGAUCCUGCCAUUAUACCAGGAUCUGCAUGCCUAUGUGAGAGCCAGGCUUAUGGAGGUCUACCCAGGACAUAUUGAUUCACAAGGACCUCUUCCAGCCCACCUGCUGGGUGACAUGUGGGGAAGAUUCUGGACCAACCUGUACCCUCUGUCUGUCCCCUACCCUGAAAAACCAGAUAUUGAUGUCAGCAAAACUAUGGUGGAGAAGGGUUGGAAUGAACUUCGGCUUUUUAAAGAAGCAGAGACGUUCUUCAUGUCUGUGGGCCUGUAUGAGAUGUUUGAAAACUUCUGGAAUAACUCCAUGUUGGUGAAACCUGACGAUGGACGCAAGGUGGUCUGUCACCCUACAGCCUGGGACAUGGGAAACAGAGAGGACUUCAGAAUCAAAAUGUGCACCAAGGUCAACAUGGACGACUUCCUCACAGUGCACCAUGAGAUGGGUCACAACCAGUACCAGAUGGCUUAUCGCAACCAGUCCUACCUCCUGAGGGAUGGAGCCAACGAGGGUUUCCACGAGGCUGUCGGAGAAAUCAUGUCCCUUUCUGCUGCAACACCCAACCACCUGAAGAGCCUGGGCCUCCUGCCUGCUGACUUUAUCUAUGAUAAUGAAACAGAGAUUAACUUCCUGCUGAAACAGGCACUCACCAUCGUGGCCACACUGCCCUUCACCUACAUGCUGGAGGAAUGGAGGUGGCAGGUGUUUGCAGGGACCAUCUCCAAGGAGGAAUGGAUGCAGCGGUGGUGGGAGAUGAAGAGGGAGUUGGUAGGGGUGGUGGAGCCGGUGCCAAGAGAUGAGACUUACUGUGACCCACCUGCUCUGUUCCAUGUGUCUGGAGACUAUUCUUUCAUCAGGUACUUCACAAGAACCAUCUACCAGUUCCAGUUCCAAAAAGCGCUCUGUGAUGCGGCCGGUCACACAGAUGCCUUGUCUAAAUGCGACAUCACUGGUUCUACCACAGCGGGAGCCAAGCUGAGGGAUAUGUUAGAGCUGGGAAGGUCCCAGUCGUGGACAAAGGCCCUGCAAACGAUAUCCGGCGACGUUAGGAUGGAUGCCCGCCCCCUGUUGGACUAUUUCCAAAAACUUCAUGACUGGCUGAAGGCAGAGAACAAGAAACACAAUAGAACUGUAGGCUGGAAGACAGCAGUAGAUCCAUAUUCACAGUAUGCCAUUAAAGUGAGACUAAGUCUGAAGGCUGCCAUGGGUGAUAAUGCUUAUUCCUGGAAUGCCAAUGAGCUGUACCUGUUCAAGGCCAAUAUUGCGUACGCUCUGAGGCAGUACUACAGCCAGAGGAACCAGGCCCUUCUCUUCACAUCAGAAAACGUCCUCACCUACAAGGAGACUCCCAGAAUCUCCUUCUACAUGGUGGUCACCAACCCUGCAAGUCCCUCCAACUAUAUCCCAAAGAGUGAUGUGGAGGCUGCCAUCCGGUUAUCCCGCGGCCGAAUCAACGAUGCCUUCCAGUUGGAUGACAGGACACUGGAGUUUGUGGGUAUCCCAGCAACACUGGCCCCUCCUGUGGAGCAGCCAGUGGAGGUUUGGCUGGUGGUGUUUGGGGUGGUCAUGGGAGUCGUGGUGCUAAUGGGCAUCUACCUCAUCGUGUCUGGCGUCAGAGAGCGCAAGAAGAAAUCUGCAAAGACAGGCAUGGAGAAUCCCUAUGAUACGACCAUUGAUGGACAAUCUAACAAAGCCUUUGAGGAUGGUGAUGAUGAACAGACUGGAUUCUGAGUCAGUGAGGAACAGAGGGAAGGUGUCCUCAACGGUAGGCUCAUUGUCACUGUCCAAGUAUGAGAAAGCGAAAGCUCUUGGCUUUUUAAAGCCUUUCCCUCUUUCACCGGCACUUCAGGAUCUCUCAUCAAACACCAACAUAACUAAAUAUGUAUAUUUGUAAAAGUUUUAGUUUGUCUCUCGCUUUGACCCUCACCGUAAUUGUAUAGUGAAUAUCCCUGUAAAAAAAAACAGUUAAUUGUAUUUUACUUACUAAUAUUAGACUUAGUAAAUAGUAAUUUGUGAAAAUGUGAUUCUAUUAGAUUCAAACUUUAUUUCCAGUAUAAAUCCUUCCAGACAGUGUUUUCCUGUGUUGCUUUCAAAUUGUGUUUUGUGAUUUGUAGAACAUUACAUUACACAUUUUUGAUACUAUUUAAUAGCUUUUACUUCUUUUAAAAUAUCAAAUUCAGUGAUGUUGUAAUGUAUACCUGGUGGAUAGGUGUAUAAGAAAAUGAAAUCCAGCAGAACAAAGUAUAGAGUUACAUGUUUCCAGUACUAAUCUUACUGAAUAUGUAUGCCUUGUGUGUAUUACUGAAACAUUGCAUUUUCAAACAUGGUGCCAACAGUGUGUAUGGAUUCAGCACUUUCAGUUAUUGUGAAAGACACAAAAAACCACAAUUAUUAUUAUAGUAUGUGCAUGUACAUUUUGGAUGGUAAUAUAUCAAGAAUACAUUUAUAUGUGUUGACAUUAUAUGAUCAAAGUCUUAAAUUAUAAUGUCCAGUAAGUUUGAAAUGUGUUAUCAAAAUCAUUCUCCAAAUAUCAUCUGUUUGCAGUAUGUAUGAUCAGUACAUAAUAUAACCAGUCAGUCAGAACUCAACAUGUCAUAAUAGUAUACAUUAGAAAGCAUUAAAUAAAUAAAACUAUCACAUCAA